CUUUUCCGCUUUCAUUUUUCAUAAUAAUUGUUUMUAUUUUAUGAAUUAUUUAUAGUAUAAUAGUGUUUCAACAAUGCRAACUGGUGAUAUGACAUGCAAGUCGUUUGUAUAAUUAUUGUACCUGUCUCUUGUGGUUUACCAAGUGACGUCGUGGCUAGAUGGUUCUACGUGUUUUCUAAUUCUGGAUGUUCUUGAAUGACUACAACAAUGUCGUAAAUCAGCGGAUAAACGAGAUAUUUUCUUGACGUACAUAAACACAAAGCCGUAACUUCUUUUUAUAGUGGAAGUUUUUUACAACGCGAGAAACUAUAUACGGUGGAUUUAUAUUUACUUUGCUGUUUUAAAUUUGUAACGUCAAGACGACAGCUUUCAUUCAGGGAUGUCUGGAUUUUCGGAAACAGUUGUUUGGAUACUAGURGCCAUCUUUGGUGCUACACUUGUAUUUUCGUUAAUACUAAACAUAACUGUGCUUAAACUAAGCUCUGUAGUACUCAGUGAUAAUCUCCGUCAUCCGAAAUUCAGACAUCUUCUCACAAGUUUUCUUCUUGGUAAUCUGUUCGUCACCCUUACCGGUCUACCAGCAUGGAUCGCCAUCUUGGUUGCAAGAAAUACAAAUGGAAAAGAGACAUUAAGUGAUACUUUUUACUACACUGUAGACAUUUUUCACAGUUUAUUGGUGUUUAUCCAUAUCAUCGUUCUUAUGAUUGAAAGACUGCUUGCUAUUGGCUGGUCCAUUCAACAUCGYAUAUCCCCCGAUCGCCACGAUUACGUCAUUUGCUGUGCAAUAUGGCUGACGACUGSAAUUUUAACAACAUCUGCGUUUUUAGUCUACUAUUUUUACAAUUUYAAAGAACUUUCUGUAAUAUCUGCUGCGGUAUGYUUUCUAUUYCCACUGCUGCUGUCGUGYAUUUUAUUUKUGGCCAUAAAAUUAAAAAAGAAGAGAAAUUUUAGAACAGAAAUACGUCGAAUUGAGUACCAAAUUGCAGUAGUCGUUGCGCGAGUUAUGUUUUUUUGUGUUAUACUACAAGCUCCCUUACAUACUAUACACUGCAUGAUAAAUGCAUUUUUAAUUCAUUCUAUUCCACGAGAAGUUACAAUGUUUUUACGCUGUUUGCACUAUUCAAGYAACAUURUUAUUCCGCUUGUUUUCCUGUUUGGCUUGGAGGAGUUCCGUUCGGAGUUSCAGAUGUGUUGUUAUAAAUGCUGUGCCAUUAAUGAACAUUCGAGGAAUGAUAUUCUUCAUAUGGACUUACCAAGAAUAGAUGGGAAGUGUGUUUUAACUAAUGCAUCACUUUAUAAUGCAAAGUCAAGAAGUGGAGAAAGAGUGGAACUUUCCUUUACUAAUGAAGUACAUUCCUAGURAAACAUACCAAUGCCUCAUUGAGUAGAAGUACAUGAAACUGGGAAUAUCAACU